GCAGCGGCUGCCACGUCCCGGGGCGGGCGGGCGGCGCGGCCAAUGGCGGGCGCGGCCGGGGCGGGGCGGGCCGGGGCCUGCGCCGGGCCUGGCGCGAGGGGCGCGGCCCCGGCGGCACAGACAGCGCGGCUGCGGACCGGGACGCACCAUGUGCGGCAUCUUUGCUUACCUGAACUACCAUGUGCCCCGCACGAGGAGGGAGAUCCUGGAGACCCUCAUCAAGGGGCUGCAGCGCCUGGAGUACCGGGGCUACGACUCUGCAGGUGUGGGACUGGACGGAGGAAAUGACAAGGACUGGGAGGCCAAUGCUGGCAAAAUCCACAUUAUCAAGCAGACGGGGAAGGUGAAGGCUCUGGAUGAAGAGGUUCACACGUGGCUGUCCUGCAUCCCCCCUGUCCUGCCUUGGCCCCCGGCCGGGGGCAGCCCCUCAGGACCCGACCUUUGUGCCGCAGAGCAGCAGGACAUGGACCUGGACAUCGAGUUCGACGUGCACCUGGGCAUCGCCCACACGCGCUGGGCCACGCACGGCGAGCCCAAACCUGUCAACAGCCACCCGCAGCGCUCCGACAGGAACAACGAGUUCAUUGUCAUCCACAAUGGCAUCAUCACCAACUACAAGGACCUGCAGAAAUUCCUGGAGAGCAAGGGCUACGAGUUCGAGUCGGAGACGGACACGGAGAGCAUCGUCAAGCUGGUCAAGUACAUGUACGACAACCGCGACAGCGACGACAUCAGCUUCUCCACGCUGGUGGAGAGGGUCAUCCAGCAGCUGGAAGGGGCUUUUGCCCUUGUGUUCAAGAGUGUUCAUUACCCUGGGCAGGCAGUCGGUACCAGGAGAGGCAGCCCCCUGCUCAUCGGCGUGCGCAGCGAGCACAAGCUGUCCACAGACCACAUCCCCAUCCUCUACAGGACAGGGAAGGACAAGAAGGGGAGCUGCAACCUGUCCCGGGUGGACAGCACCACCUGCCUCUUCCCCGUGGAGGAGAAAGCUGUGGAGUAUUACUUUGCUUCUGAUGCCAGCGCUGUCAUCGAGCACACCAACCGUGUCAUCUUCCUGGAGGACGACGACGUGGCGGCCGUGGUGGACGGCCGUCUGUCCAUCCACCGCGUCAAGCGCACGGCCGGCGACCACCCGGGCCGGGCCGUGCAGACCCUGCAGAUGGAGCUGCAGCAGAUCAUGAAGGGUAACUUCAGCUCAUUCAUGCAGAAGGAAAUAUUUGAGCAGCCAGAAUCUGUUGUUAAUACCAUGAGAGGAAGGGUCAACUUUGAUGACUACACAGUGAACCUGGGAGGGCUCAAGGAUCACAUCAAGGAGAUCCAGAGGUGUCGGCGUCUGAUCCUCAUCGCCUGUGGCACCAGCUACCACGCAGGAGUGGCAACCCGCCAGGUGCUGGAGGAGCUGACUGAGUUACCUGUGAUGGUGGAGCUGGCCAGUGACUUCCUGGACAGGAACACCCCCGUGUUCAGGGAUGAUGUCUGCUUCUUCCUCAGCCAGUCAGGGGAGACUGCAGACACGCUGAUGUGCCUGCGCUACUGCAAGGAGAGGGGAGCCCUGACCGUGGGCAUCACCAACACCGUGGGCAGCUCCAUCUCCCGCGAGACCGACUGCGGCGUGCACAUCAACGCGGGGCCCGAGAUCGGCGUGGCCAGCACCAAGGCCUACACCAGCCAGUUCGUGUCCCUGGUGAUGUUUGCCCUGAUGAUGUGUGACGACAGGAUCUCCAUGCAGGAGCGGCGCAAGGAGAUCAUGAGGGGGCUCAAGGGGCUGCCAGACUUGAUCAAAGAGGUUCUGAGCAUGGAUGAUGAGAUCCAGAAGCUGGCCACCGAGCUGUACCACCAGAAGUCUGUGCUCAUCAUGGGACGUGGCUACCACUAUGCCACGUGUCUGGAGGGAGCCUUGAAAAUCAAAGAAAUCACCUACAUGCACUCGGAGGGGAUCCUGGCUGGGGAGCUGAAGCACGGCCCCCUGGCCCUGGUGGACAAGCUGAUGCCUGUGAUCAUGAUCAUCAUGAGAGACCACACCUAUGCCAAGUGCCAGAACGCUCUGCAGCAGGUCAUUGCACGGCAGGGCCGGCCCGUGGUGAUUUGUGACAAGGAGGACAUCGAGACCAUCAAGAACAACAAAAGGACGAUCAAAGUGCCCCACUCGGUGGAUUGCCUGCAGGGCAUCCUGAGCGUCAUCCCCCUGCAGCUGCUGGCCUUCCACCUGGCCGUGCUCCGGGGCUACGAUGUUGAUUUUCCAAGAAAUCUGGCCAAGUCCGUAACUGUAGAGUGAAAGAUCAUCUGAAUCAUAGGGGCAAAGGGGAAUUCAAUGAAAGACUUUUUUUGGUACCAAAAUAACUCGAUUUUAAAGCCCCCUAGGUAAAUCUUAUUUUGGUAAAUCGUUGUUUGUGUACAAGAUCACCAUAAUUCCAUUGCAUUAGUGAUUGUCCAGUUGAUUCCACGUGCUGCAUCAAUAGCUCUGGGUUUUUUUGAUCUGUAGACUUCCAUGAAAGAUGUUAAAUGGUUUUCCUUAAAGAUUGCUGAGUCCUCUAGGUGAGGGGUUACUCUGAGCUGGUGUCAUUGUCCCUUCCCAACGUGGCUCACUCCAGUCACUGCUGGGAAAGCUCUGAAGGAAUUCUCAGAGCCCUGUGGUGCCCUCAGGACAGCAGGACACACAACUGGAACAAGAGCUGGGCAGGAAUUUCACCAGUGAAGGAAACUGCAGGCAAGCCUUUGGGGUGAGCUCUGCCUCGGGAAUUCAGCUGAGCUGGCACAGCCUGGGCACCUGGGGCAGGUGCCAGGGAGGUGCUGCUGCUCCAGAGGGGUUUAAUCCAUGCCAAAUCCAGAGCAAGUGACAAUCUCCUAGCCACGGUGGCCAGGGGACCCAGCAGGGCCAGGGCUGAGGGCACAGGGGUGGCCAGGGCUGGCUCUGAGCUGCUGCUGCUGCUGCUGCUGCUGCUGCUGCUGCUGCUGCUGCUGCUGCUGGGGGCUGUUAAAACAAGGGGGCUUUUGCUGUGCUGAGGAUUUCCCUGGAACUGAGAGCACACCUGGGUGUGACACACCUGGGGGACCCAGCUGUGUGAGCACACCUGGGUGUGACACACAUGGAUGUGACACACCUGAGUGUGGCACACCUGGGUGACCCAGCUGUGUGAGCACACCUGAAGGGGAUAAAAAGGCUCCAUAAACACGACAGAAAUAACCUUUGAAAAUUACCUUGGUAAUUAUUGAAUUACCUAAAGAAAUUACUUUGGUAGUUUUUCUGUGGCAAGCUUGAAGAGAAUCUGAACUGACACAGAAAAGGCACCUUCAGGACGGAAACCCUGACUUCCAGAGUCACCAAGGGCAGUUAUUAUGUGUUUCCUAAUGUGGGAAGGUGAAUUCCCUCCCACCUUGCUGGGAUUUGAAUUGGCUUUCCACAGCACUGUCAGACCAUGCCCAAGGUGUGAAAUGGUGCUGGGGAACAUUCCAGGUGAUUUACUGCCCUGAGAAGUGGCUCUAGCACCUGGGCAGUGCCCAGUUCCCCUGGCACAGGGCUGUUCCCAGACUCUGGAAUUCUGCUUUGGACAAGCCCCAGGGACUCUCCCUCAGCUCAGGGCCAGCAGAGGCUCAGAUGAUGGGAGUGAAAUGCUGAGUGCCUGAAGAGCUCCUCAGAGCCAGUGUUUAUUAACCUGUGCCAUCUGUUCAUCUGUGAGCUCGUGGUGCUGCCAGGGUCUGUGUGAGAGCAAGGUGGGACAUGCUGGGGGUGAGGCCCUGCCCUGGCACAGCUGUGAGCAUCCCCUGUGCCCUCCCUGCUUCUCUGCACGAGGGGGAUGGAGGGAAAGCAAACUGUGCAAUGCUCACAGGUGGGGGAGAGAGCUGCUCUUCCUCCUCCUCCUCCUCCUCAGCUUGCUUCAGAAGCCCUGCAGGGCUGGGUCCAGGCUGGGCUGCCCCUGGCCCAGGGAUGUGCAGUGCCCCAUCCUUUGCUCUCAGAACAGCAUCUGUUAAUUAAUAUCAAUUAAAAUCCCCACGAGGGGAUGAUUAAGGCCCUUUUUUGUCCCCCUGCAGCCAGCCUUGCUGCCAGGCUGCCUGGCACAGAGCAGGGGCAGCCAGCCCUGGGGCCAGGCUCAGGCUGUGAGCCCGGGGAGAGCUGGCUGCCCAGAGGACCAAAGAUGUGAGUUAGGAGUGUCCCGCGGGGCUGGGGGUGCUGCUGUGCCACACCAGCCCUGCUCCCUGCAGCUGCUGGCUCAGGGACAGGCAGUGCCCCCUCCUACUCUGCCAGAGCCAGGGCUGCUGAGGGCUGGCCCCGGGGAUGCUCGGCAGCUCUCCCGUGUGAGGAGUUUCCCUGCUGGGCGUGGCAGGGACCCGUUAGCAUCUCGUGGUUGUUGUCCUUGCCAUGCAGUGGAAGUGGGAAUGUACAAAGGACUCUUUCUGCCUUUCCUUACCUCAGUCUGUCCCUGUUGCAUUUCUGAACAGAUGAUGUUUCUCUUUCCCUUAGAAAACUUUUAGGAUGUCUUGUGGUAUUUAUUAACAGCCAGUCAGUCUUCUGCUCUCCCAGAUGAAUGUUUUGCUUACUGAGCCAGUGAAAUUCUCUCCUUCCUCACUGAGCUGUUGAAAAGUUCAGUAGCCCUGUCUGAGAUGGAGCCACAGGUAAAUGCAGACCGAGGCCUUUGCCAGCUGGAGCAGCAGCUCCUGCUCCUGCCCAGCGAGGUCUCAGAUCCUGCUGGUGGCAGCAGCUCUGCUCCUCACCUGCACGGCUCAGAGGGGAGCCCUGAGCUCCUGGGGGUUUAAUUCCCACAACUCAGCAGAUUCCCAAAAGCUCAGCACACCUUUCUGCCCAGCAGGUCUAACCUGCACAUGGAAUUUCUGCACCCAGAAAGGUUUUGGGUUUUCCCCUGGCUCUGCUGCAGGAGGGCUGUGGGCAGCUUUUCCCCAGAUUUUCUGUGCAGAGCCAAACCAGUGCCUGGGGCUGGGCAGGGCAGCUCCUGGGCCCCCCGUGCUGGGCCAGGCUCAGCCCCUGUGCUGGGAGAGCCAAACCAGCCCCCAGAGCCUUUCCCAGCCCCGUGGGAUGAGCAGAGCCCCAGGCUGAGCCCUGAGCCCAGCCCAGGCACUGAGCUCUGCCUGAGCUGCAGGGUGAAGCCUCUGGAGGCACAAACCAGCCCAGAGAGGGCAGAAUUGGGGCUGGCCCCUCCCUGGCUGUCCCCAACUGUCCCUGGUGCCACAAGCAGGUGCCUGUGGCCCUGUUGGAUGGAGGGAGGGGAUGAAGUUAAGUAGCUUAAGCAGCAGGUCAGUGUUUAGCUGUGGCUAAUUUUAGAUCCUACCUGAAUGUACCAAACUUGCCUCAAAGCACCGAGUCCCUCCUCUUCACCAGGACAGGAAGAAGAAGAAACAGAAGUAUUUGGGUUGGCAAAAAAAAAACAAAAAAAGGAAAGAAAACUUAUUUGCCUUCAAUUCAGUUUCUGUAAAUAGACAUUUGAGUGGCAAACCCACAUUUGUCCCCUGUAGAUCCUGUGCUGUACAUAUCCAGCUGGCUGGGGCUGUGGGACCAGACUCUGUUUGUCGUGUGCUGUAGCAGGAGAUGUCUUACUCUGUCUGUAGUGUUUAUUAUCAUUUGGGUUUUGUCUCUUUGCUUACUUUUUUUGUAUCUCACCCUUUGAAUAAAAUCAAGUGCCCUACAUUAACCAAA